ACCGCCGCGGCCGGGAGCCCAUCGCGGCCCGCUCUGCGGCCGAGCCCGGCGCCGGGGGCCACGGCGGAGCGCGGCCGAGCCUCACGCGCCAGACGGCCGCCCCUCCGGCGCGGCGCCUUGAAGGCCCCGACGGGCUGAGGCGGCGGUGCCGGGACCGCGGAGUUCGGAGGAGCCCCGGGGAAGAGGGGUCGCUUCCACGGCCGGGAGCGGGGCUACCGCCGCCAGCAAAGCUGGGAGGGCCGCUGGCGUCCGCGACGGUCGUAGGGCGCGCCGGCCUCGUCCCGAGCUGGCGGGUCUGGGGCGCAGCCUGGGGGUGCCUGAGGCUGCGGCUGCCGGAGGAGCCGAGGCGGCCGCCGGCGGGAGAGCUGGAGCGCGGAGGCUGCGCCGUGGCAUUGAUGCGGCAGGAUGACAGUGAAACUGGGAGAGAGCAGCGGGGAGGAAGGGGUGAAAAAGCUGGGCAAGAGAGCAGGAGGAGAUGAUGAGUCCCUGGAAGAAGAAGGGGCAGGAGGAGGAGGAGAGGCAGCUCCAGGCAGCAGCAGCACAAAGAAAGAAGAGAAGAUUAUUAACAACAACACUAACAGCAGCCCCCCACCGAACCCCAGCUUAUCGCAGGCCCCGGCCUCCCUCCAGCCCUCCCACAGCCAGGACCAGCAUCAUUUUCUCAGGUCCAGCGUCAGACCUCAGAGCAAGAGGCUGAAGAAGGAUCCCCAGGCAUCCUCCUCAGUUGGCAGCAGCACUGCUGCAAAAGGCAAAGCAGCAGAUAAUGGAGGGACUGCAACUGGUGGCACAUCAGGAAUUCCUCCCAGCAAUCCUGCUGGCAAUUCCAAGUCAGCUGCAAGGAACCUGGGCUCCUCGUCUGGAGAGAAGGAGGAAGGGAAGAAAGUCAGACGGCAGUGGGAGUCGUGGAGCACAGAGGACAAAAACACUUUCUUCGAGGGACUGUAUGAGCAUGGGAAGGACUUUGAAGCUAUCCAGAACAACAUUGCCCUGAAGUACAAGAAGAAAGGCAAACCAGCAAGCAUGGUGAAGAACAAGGAGCAGGUUCGCCACUUCUACUACCGCACCUGGCACAAGAUCUCCAAGUACAUUGACUUUGAUAAUGUGUUUUCUCAAGGGCUGAAAAAAUCCUCCCUGGAGCUUUAUGGCUUAAUCUGCUAUGGAGAGCUGAGGAAGAAGAUUGGGGGAUGUAUGGACGACAAGAAUGCAGCUAAACUCAACGAGCUCAUCCAGGCUGGGGCUACAACUGUUCGGUACAAAGGCAGAAACCUCCGUAUCAAAGCUCCGAUGUGCAGGGCCUUGAAGAAGCUCUGUGAUCCAGAUGGUGUUAGUGAUGAAGAGGACCAGAAGCCAGUACGUCUUCCUCUCAAGGUCCCUGUGGAGCUGCAGCCACGGAAUAAUCACGCGUGGGCUCGAGUGCAGAGUCUUGCUCAGAACCCACGGCUUAGGAUGAUUGUGGAGUUGCACCGGAAGGUCUCCAGCCUCAUCGAGUUCCUGAAGCAGAAGUGGGCUCUGCACGAAGUGCGUGUUCGUAAAACACUAGAAGAACGUCAGCUUCAAGACUCCAGAGACUCAGAAACAAGAGGCAGCUUCUCAGAGGAGAAAGUGAUGCUCCAUCUCUUUCCAGGAGAGAACUGUACACUCACUCCCCUGCCUGGGGUAGCCAGAGUGGUCCACUCCAAGGCUUUCUGCACAGUGCAUUGGCAGGAAACUGGCAAGUGCAAACAGAACACAAAAGACUCUCAUUUACUGCCCCCUGCCCAGAUCCUGGGCAUACAGAGUGGUCAGGGGACAGCUAGAGGGCAGCUGAAAUACACGCGGGGAGCGGAAGGUAAGGCUGCUGGGAGGGCAGAGAGCACUACAGACUCAAGCAGAAGCUCCCAGCCCACAGCUGACGUUUCUGCAGGCGCUGAAGAUGCUGCCCCAGAGCCUGGGCUCGUGGAAGGAGCGGCCCCAAACCUCGGCAUCGCUAAUUCUCUCCAAAAACCACCUUCUGGGCUUCAGGAUCCAGGAGGGAGCCACGAAAAGCUGAGCUCGGUGGCCUUCUGUGCAGAGGGCAGGGAGGCUCUGGCUAGUGACCAAGCAGCUGUGCUCCCGUCGUGCAGCACGGCUUGUGCUUGCAGUAAGAUCCCUGAUGUGGAGGAACUGUCUCUGCUGGAUCCGUUCCCACGGUACAUGAAGUCCUGUCAGGACCUGAUCGUCCCAGAGAAAUGUCCUUGCACAGACAAACCGCACGGGAAAGACUCUGCUCCAGCAGCUGGUGAAGCUUCUCCUGGGGCUUUGGCAGGCGGGAGGAGCGCAGAGACUCCUGAGGCGUGCUCACAGGCGCCGAGAGGCGGCGUGGCUUCACCCGCCAGAGCCGAAAGUCAGGCUCCUCACGGCCAGGGCCAGCAGCCUGAUGCUUGCACCAAGGAUAUAACAGAUGCAGGAAUGGAGGAUUCUCAAGAGAAGCUGGGCUCCUCGUUUCCACCUCCACCUCAGGGACAAUCUAGCACAAAGUCUCUCAAGGAUGACCCGAGCCGGCUGUCUCAACAGGUUAGAGAAGAAGGAUGGAGUCUACGGACUUCUGAGAGCCUUACGCUGGCUGAAGUCUACCUCAUGAUGGGCAAACCCAACAAACUGCAGCUGGAGUAUGACUGGUUGGCUGUCCUGGAGCCAGAGAGCCAGGAUGCCAGGGAGCAAACAGCUGAGUCGAGUGCUGCUCCUGCCUGUACCACCUUUCACAAGCAGAGACUCCUAAACUGCCUUUUAAAACUCAUCUCUACUGAAGUCAAUCCCAAACCAGUGCCCGAGAUGAGCUCUGUUGCCACGUCACCUAUAAAGCCUUCUCAGGAGGAGCAGUCACUGACUCCUCCAGGAAAGGUGAUUGCCAUCAGCACCAGGAGCCCAGGCUGUGCACGAAAUCAGUCUGCCCUUCGCAGCAGCAGCAAGACUUUUUCUCCUGGUGCUGCUUCCAGCUCCUCAGGUUUGAGAAACCUCCCCAGACCUCUCUUGGUGGCUGGUCCUUCAAGUUCUGGAAGCACUGAUGCUGAUGGUGGGCUCUUUGCUGUUCCUACAACUCUGCCACCCAACAGCCGCCACGGGAAACUCUUCUUGCCUAGCAAAGAGGCUGAGCUGACCUUCAGGCAGCACUUGGACACCAUCAGUAUGCAGUCGGAUUUCUUCUUGCCAAAGCCAAGGAAGUUACGGAACCGGCACCUGCGGAAGCCGUUGGUGGUGCAGAGAACGCUGCUCCCCAGGCCAUCUGGAAAUCCGUCCCAGCACGUCUGUUCCUUUUCUAUCUUAUCCAACUCAUCCAUUACAGGGAGAGGCUCGUUUCGGCCGAUCCAGUCCUCACUGACUAAAGCUGCUGUUUCUCGUCCAAUUGUGCCCAAAGUUCUUCCAACACAGGCCACCAACCAUCUGUCCAGUGCUAUUGACUUGGCAGCUAAAAGUGCUGGUAUCAUCCCUGGUAGCCCUGUGCCUGUCCUGGAUGCUGAUGGUUUGUCAGGUGUGUCUCCACUGUCACCAGACGGAGUGGCCACGGUGGUGCCGGGGCAGGAGGCGGCAGUGACGCACCAGAACGGAGGCUCCAUCCCUGCUGUAGAGGGCUCAGGGCCUGGCUGUCGGGUUCCGUUCAUCAGCCUGCCAACAAGGCACGAGCAGGAGGCAGUCCCUGAUGGUUUCCAGGGCACAUCAGUCCUCUCUCUGUCAGAGCUGUCCAAGACUCCCCUUCAGAAUGGCCUGUCCACCCCUCCACUUCCCACAUCAGAGGCUUCCAGUACCCGGCUCUCUCCUCCCAACGUUUCUGCUCUCCUGGAUAUUUCCCUGCCUGGACCCCCUGAGGAUGUGCUUUCUCAAGGAGAACCUGCCACUCAAAUCAGUGAUUCUAUCAUUGAAAUAGCUAUCAGCUCUGGUCAAUACAGUGAAGGUGUUUCUCUCUCUCCUGCGAAGCUGAACGGCAGUGACAGUUCCAAAAGUCUUCCAUCCCCCUCCAGUAGUCCUCAGCAGAACUGGAUUGCCUCUCCCAGCCAUGAUCCUCAGUGGUAUCCCAAUGACUCCACAGACUCGUCUCUCAGCAGCUUGUUUUCGAGUUUCAUCUCCCCGGAGAAGGGAAGGAAAAUGUUGCCAACUCCUGUUGGAGCUGCCAGUGGCACCUCCUUACUGGGACCCAGCCUUCUGGAUGGAAACUCACGGGACUCUUUUGUGUCACGGUCUCUGGCAGAUGUAGCAGAGGUGGUGGAUUCCCAGCUGGCUUGCAUGAUGAAUGAGAACAGCAUCGACUACAUAUCUCGUUUCAAUGACCUUGCCCAGGAACUGUCAAUACCCGAGCCAAGCCGCAGGGAAAUCCUGUUUGAUGGGGGAGGUGGUGGUCCCCCCAUCGGGGACCUCUCCCAGUGAGUGGAUGAGACCAGCAGGCUGGUGUAGGCUGUGCAGCUGGAGUUGGAGCUUGCAACGCCGGAUCAUGGCAAGGGCAGGUUGUAGAGGAGCAGCUGGGGCUCAGCUGUCCCUGCUUUGUGUGCUUCUUCCUAAAAAAAACCCGAGAGAACCGUCAUCUUCAAAGGUCUGAAGAAAUACUUUGCAAGUCCUGGAAUGUGCAAUAUACUGGGAACAACAAAGCCUGGAAUAGGAACUGCAGGAAAUGGGGUGUCCCCUGCAUCAGUGAUGUAAGGUGGCAGGCUUCUGGGACACUCCUGGGCUUGUACUUUGGAAUGGCCUCAGCAAGGAGCUCCAGCAGGGAAGGGUAUUGCCAGGAGCAAUGCCACCUGAAUUCUUGCUUUGUGUAGUAAUCAGAAGGGCCAUGGUUUGGGAUCCACGUUGAGGUUGUGGAGGAUGAAGGGUGGGAGGUGGGCAUGGGAACUGUUUCUCUCUUGCCAUGUCCUAGUUGGCACUCUUUUUGUCAGUCAGUGAAACUGAAGCUCCUUGCACUCUCCCCAGAGGCGCUGCCGCUCUGCAAAGCUUCGUGUCCAGAGACCCUCCCGUUCCUUUGCCCGUGUUCUGUUGUUUGACCAUUCCAGCAGGGGCACCUACCUGCUCCCUCUCCCUUUUGUAGGGAAGCUCUGGUUCACUCCCUGACUGCAUGGAUCCUUGGGGGAGUUUCCUCUGUUGUUAAGCCCUAUCACUUGUCACAAUCAUCAUCCUCCUGACUGCACUCGAUUCUCUGCCUUUGAGGCUCUUCGUCACGUUGCACAGUUCAGCCCCUGAAGGGGAGAGGGCUUUCUUGCUUUCCCUGUACAAGUUGCUUUUGAAGUCAGGAAACACUGCAGAAGAGUGUACCGGAAUCACUAUGAGAGCUUUGUCAUGAGUAGUCUUGGCCUUGCUGGAAACCUGUAUAUAAAUUGGCAUCUUUCUUCCCCCAAACCUGAGGAGAGGAAAUAGGAAAGAAUAUUGUAAGGUGUGGAAACAAGCCAGAUGUAACUCUGAAGUUGUUGAGAUCUGUGUUGUGUCAUGAAGGAGAGAGGUGUCAAGUCCUAGUUCCUCCUUGUUCUGUGAGUGCCAGGUGCUCUGUAGUACCUCAGGGCAUCGUUGGCCAUGGCUGUCACUCCCCAGCACUAGUGAGUCUGGUACUCCCUCUACUAAAUCCCUAUGCAUUAAUGGUAGUGGUUUCGUCUCUGAAAGACCCAGAUCUGAUACCAGCACGUUCGAAGGGUAUAAAGUUACUUUCUCUACAGCUGGUUGUCCCUCAAUUCUACCUUUAUAACUCAGGAGACUUUUCCUAUUUCCUUUCCUACCAGUCAUGAGAGAGAAUACCUUUAUUGUGCCCCUUUUCUAAGCACUUGUCUGCUUCUCCACUAAGAGGAAACCCCUGGGCUGUUUUAAGUAGCUCUGAACUUAUCCCAGGGGCUAGUCCUAUAUAAACCUCAACUUUAUAUUAAUCAUAAAUCCACAAAACUUCUCCAUCUCUUAGGCUGUGAUCAGGGGUUCAUUUUCCCAACUUGCACUAUACUUGGUGGAUGUAGUUCUGCCUGCCUUUAGCUACUUUUACAAGGCAUUUGACUGGGAGGUUCUUCUUGUAACCUUGCUCACGAUGCACUGAUUGGAUUUGCUGUUUUCCCCUCUCACUUGUGCCCUGCUUUGUGUGGAUGGUUUUUCUUACAGCUCUGUAUAAUCUGCCUUAUGCUUCCUGUCAGUAAGAGAAAGCAUCACAAGAUUCCUGAUGCACCUUUUUUUGUGUGGCCCAGAGCAACCUUCCUGAUCUCCCUCAUAAAGGGCUGAGGUUGGGAUGACAUUCCAGGACCCUGCGUGUCAGGUCGCUACGUCCUGCUCUUUGACAUAGGAACCAUGUGGAUGUGUGGAACCAGUGUGGGCACAGCUGGAUGGGUGUUGCCAGCAGGGAGGCAAACCUCUGGUACUAUCAUGAUGUGGGAAUGUCCCUGCCUGUGGGCUGGCUGCCUGUUCUGCCUACGUGUCAGGUGGGGCAUGAAGUCCUUCUGCUGUUAUCUCUCUUUCGUUAUUCUUACAGAGCCUUGUUUGGAAAUUCUAUCAGGAAAUCAUGUGAACCUGGAAUGGAAGGAGUGGAAGGCCAUCAGAAAAUGCCAAGGAGUGUAUUGUUCUGAGUGUUCACCCCACUAAUCUCAAGAGUCACUCCCUCUAAAAUGAUCACAUUUCACUCAGAGCCACUUAGACUAAGCCGGUUCAGUCUUUCCCAGAUGGUUUCCUCUUGGAUUUGGCUUCUUCCAUUAUUAAUGCUGAUGAUCCUACAUGCUGUACCUUCAAAACCCCUUUUGGCUUUGCAGGACAGAAGUAGAAAGCUCCUAGUGUAGCUGUGGCUGUAGGACAUGCAAGAGGAGGUGGGAUAUGUUCUCAUCGAGUACUGUAGAACUCUCAUUCCUAAGCUUCUGAAUAUUGAAAGACCAGUCUGAUGGUUUCCAUGUCUAUAGGUACCUUGAGAAACACUUCAUCUUCUUUAGCCAGGCUGGUAAUGGAGUGGAUGUGACAAUGAGUUUGUCUGGGGCUGUGUGGAAUCAGGGCCAGUGUUGCUGCACCCGUGUGGAGACCCACAAGGACUUUGUGCUGCCCAGUGCUGCUCCUCUUGCUCAGCCCACCCAUUGCUGCAGAGAAUUGCAGGGUGAAGUCGGCAUAGUGGCCCUUUGUAAUGAUGCUGUGAGAUGAGAAAACUUCAGUGUCCUGAACCUUUACAAGUAGCAACAAAGUGGAAAUGACAGAGGUCAGUUCAACACUUGGAGUGUUGUGGUCAGGAAAGUUGUGUUUGGCCUCAGCCUCUUCAAGGUUGUCAUUAUGAAACAGGAUUUGACUGCAGAAAUGUUCAUGCUGUGCAAACAAAGCCCCUUCAGGACAAGUGAGUCUCAUCAGGGAGAAAUCUUGAAAGUCACUCAGAUCAUUGUGGUAGUUUGGAAUUGAUGCAGAAGUUGUUGUCCUCAUCAUGUGAAGGGCCACUUGGGCACACCUCUCAUUCCACCAGCUCUGGGGUUUGGGUGGAUGUGUUUCAUGUUCAGUCAUUGCAGCUUCCCCAAAAGAAGCCACAGAGUCUGUACUUGCACCAGUGUCAGCCUGCCCUAAGCAGGCAUUCAGGCAGGUUGCUCUGAAAUGCAGAGAGGAUUGGUUUGGUUUGGUUAGGCUGGUGACUACUCGAGGCACUGUAAGGUGGUUGGAGGGGACAAAGGGACACUAACAACCUCCAGUUCUAGUAUUAAUUGCUCUAGGCUUUCCCUGUGUGGGUUUGGUGACUGUCAGAAGGAGUUUCUGAGUAGUUCAGCAAGGUGAGUGGCAGAGAAGUCAGUAUUUGUAGCAGUACUCCAUGCUGAGCAUAGCUCUGCCCGCUGGAGGUGGGUUUUCUGCUGGGUGUUGCAUCCCAGUUCCCCACACAAUUCAUUUUACCCUUUGUCACUAAAUCUACUGAGCAUAGGAAUACUAAUUGUUUUUAAUAUGGCAUCAUUAAGCCUUCUUUGUUUCCUUUUGACACCCCUCUUUGUACUUCUGAAUUGAAUUCAGUGGCUUGGAGCAGAUCUGAUGGACACAGACAUCUCACUACUGGCUCCUCAGAUCCCAGAGCGGAGGUUCAGUUGCAGUUUGUUUCUUAAACCCAAGACUUUGGAUGCAUUUAUAAGGAAAGUACUGCACUUUUGUUUGUUUGUUUGUUUUAAAACCUUUCCAAACCUUUGGAUCUCUUUAAUUUCCCAGCAGUUUGUAAACGUUAACUGAGUGAAACCUUGGCAAGCACUACGGCAAUAAGUUAUCAUUAAUGAUUGGGACGUGAUAACUGCUUUAGAGCUUCUGGUUCUGGCAGCAAAACUUAAUGCUGUUUCUUUUAAUAAUAGUUAAGCCAUAUCAUCUAAGGUUUCUGGCUUGUUGGAGAUGUGAAUUUGUUUUAUAGAUUAUAAAUAUACCUAUAUAGUGUAUGUAUAAAGCAGAAUGCCUGUCCUUACUGAUUAUUUUUUGUACCAUAUUGUAAAUUAUAUUAUUUAUUCUUUACCAAUUUUGGAAAAAAAGGUGUUUUGGUUAUUUAAUAUA